AUGGAGGUACCGGCUAAGGCUGAAAUCCAUAAAGAGCACAGCCAGAAGGCCAAAAACCUUGAGGAACAGAGUCAGCCUUUUGCCGUGCCCAUGGCUUCAAUUCAGGAUGAUGACGAGCGUCUUCUGGCCCGCAUUGGCUAUAAGCAAGAGCUUCGGCGAGAGUUUUCGAAAUGGUCCACAGUCUCCUAUGCCAUUAGCAUCUUGGGCGUGCUUGGUUCGGUGCCUGCGACUCUAGGGCAGCCUCUUGCCGUUGGUGGUCCCGGCACAGCUGUCUGGUGCUGGCUGAUCGGCUCGUGCAUGGCUUUACUGAUCGGAAGCUCCGUUGCCGAAUUGGUUUCUGCAUAUCCCACAGCCGGUGGUAUGUACUACGUGACGAAACAUGUGGUUCCAUCUGAUCAAAUGCCGGUUUUUGCGUGGUCGCAGGGAUUCUGUAACCUGUUAGGGCAAACCGCGGGAGUUUCCUCUGUCGCCUAUACAAUUGCGCAGAUGUUGCUUGCUUGUAUCAGUAUGAACACUGAUCUUCAUGACGGUCAAUAUGCAUAUUCACCGUCGGCUCUCCAGACAGUCUUGGUAUCUAUAGGAGUUCUUUUGGUGCUGGGCAUCAUUUGCUCCUUGACCACCAAGUCGUUGCAUCGCAUUGUUAUAUGGUUUGCACCCAUCAAUAUUGUGGCGACGAUUUGUAUCUGCUUUUUCCUUUUGUACCUCACCCCAAACAAGCAGCCCGCGUCCUGGGUCUUUUUCCACUUCACAGAUGAUUCGGGGUGGGGAUCCAAGGUGUUUUCGUUCUUUCUUGGCUUCCUGGCGGUAGCGUGGACCAUGACCGACUACGACGGCACUACCCACAUGUCAGAGGAGACACAUGAUGCCGCAGUGCGUGGACCCAUCGCCAUACAGACAGCAGUCGUUGUUUCUGGUGUGUUUGGGUGGCUUUUAACCGUCUGCAUGUGUUUCUGCUUGACAGAUUACGAUGGGAUUAUGAACUCUCCCACCGGUCUACCGGCAGCUCAAAUUUUUUUCAAUGCUGGGGGAAGAACAGGUGGUACUGCCAUGUGGGCCUGCGCCAUUCUCGUACAGCUGUUCACUGGCUGUUCGGCCAUGCUCGCGGAUACUCGGAUGGCAUUCGCCUUUGCUCGAGACAAUGCGCUUCCAUUUUCGCCCUUCUUGUCCAGCAUCAACUCUUAUACCCAGACACCAGUCAAUGCAGUCUGGUUUGUGGUCCUUUUCAGUGUCUCGUUGAAUCUGAUCGCUAUCGGGUCUACUGAAACAGCUCUGGCCAUUUUCAGUGUCACUGCUCCCUGUCUUGACCUAUCCUACGCGUCUGUGAUUCUGGCCCAUCAGCUUCACAAAAAGAAAGUGAAGUUCAUCGAAGGGCCUUUCACACUCGGGCGAUGGGGCACCGUCGUCAACUACAUUGCUAUCAUUUGGGUGCUAUUUAUCAGUACCAUCCUACUCUUUCCUUCGCAGGUACCGAUUACGCUUACAAAUAUGAAUUACGCUUCGUGCGUGAUCGUUGGACUUGCGAUGAUCGGAUGGAUCUGGUGGAUACUCGUUGCCAAAAGAAAAUACACGGGCCCUCAAACCAACGAUAUCAUGAGUGAAAUACCACAAGAAGACCCUGCAGAAGAGUCUGGAGGCCGACCCGACAGCGGAUUAGUUUAA